GCCUGCUUCCAGUCCCUGAGGGAAGCGGCGAGGGCGUGUGCAUGUCCGGUUCCCGCUGACCGUUGGCCCCUCAGCCGGUGCCCUCGCAGAGCCUUUCUCGCCGCCUCUCGCCUCCCCUCCUCCCCGGCUCUGGUAACAACACCCUAGGGCAGAGCCGGGGAGGGGAGGAGACCUUCCGCGUGGCGCCCCCGGGGCCUCCGGCAAGUCUAGAGCCGGCCCGCCCCGAGGGGCGUGAGGAGGGGGCGGGGCUGAGGACUUAGGACUCCGGCCCUUAGACCUCCUCCUGCCGAGCCAGAGCAGGCAGCCCAGUCAAGUGUUGAGAGAGCCAUGACGGCGCUACAGGGGCUCUGGCCCGAGAUGCAGGACACCUGCACCUCUCUGGGGCUGAUGCUGUCGGUCGUGCUGUUCGUGGGGCUGGCCCGCGUGGUCACCCAGCAGCAGCUGAACAGGCCGAUGGCCAACGCCUUCGUCUUGGAGUUUCUGGGCACCUUCCAGCUUUGUUUCUGCACCCAUGAGCUGCUACUGCUGAGCGAACAGGAACCCCUGCACCCCACCUGGCCGCUGACGCUAAUCUACUUCUUUUCGUUGGUGCAUGGCCUGACUCUGGUGGGCACCUCCAGCAACCCCUGCGGCGUGAUGAUGCAGAUAAUGCUGGGGGGAAUGUCCGCUGAGACGGGUGCGAUGAGGCUGCUAGCUCAGCUGAUUGGUGCCCUAUGCAGCAGGUACUGCAUGGGCGCCCUGUGGAGCCUGGGACUGACCAAGUAUCACGUCAGCGAGAGGAGCUUCGCUUGCAGGAAUCCCAUCCAAGUGGACUUGCCCAAAGCGUUCAUCACAGAGGCCGUCUGCUCCUUUAUCUUCCACAGUGCUUUGCUGCACUUCCAGGAGGUCCGAACCAAGCUUCGUAUCCAUCUGCUGUCAGCACUCAUCACCUUUUUGGUCUAUGCAGGAAGAAGUCUAACAGGAGCUGUAUUUAAUCCAGCUUUGGCACUUUCACUACAUUUCAAGUGUUUUGAUGAAGCAUUCCUUCAAUUUUUUAUAGUAUAUUGGCUGGCUCCUUCUUUAGGUAUAUUGCUGAUGAUUUUGAUGUUCAGUUUUUUCCUUCCAUGGCUAUAUAACAACCAUACAAUUAAUAAAAAGGAGUAACUAUUCUAAAAGACUCAGUUACAGGACGGUCAAGCUGGAUGUGAUAAAGAUUUUAUCACCUAAUAUUCACACACUUGCUGCACUGGAUUCGUCAAUGUUAUCUUCCUUUGAAGAAGCUGCCUUACUGGGACUUAAAAAAAUUACUGUGAAAAUGAGGUAUCCUGUGUUUCUCAGUUAAGACUUGUUCCUUUGAGUGUGUAUUAAAUGCUGCUAGAAAGACUUUACAUUAAAUAUAAAUCUUAAGUGAUAA